AUGGAUUCCUUUUCUUUAUUUAUAUCUCUGAGUAGGAGUAUCGAUCAAAAAGCACUUGAAGAUCUUAGAGAUGAGAAGAACAAACCAAAACCAAAGGAAGAAAAGCCAAAGAAGAAAGAAAUGAAGCCAAAAGAACCAAAACCAGUCAAAGAAGCAAAAAUCAAGACUGUCGAACUUACAGCAGAUAGUGCUCCUAUCGAAAGAAAAGAGCCAGUUUCUUCUUCAUCUUCAGAUGAAUCAUCAAGUGAUGAAUCUGGUUCUGAGCAAGUUGAAGAGCAAACUGAAGAAAAGCCAAAUUUCAAAUUCGCCAAACUCAAAGAAAAGAAGGAAGUUAAGUUCGAAAAAGGCAAGAAUAAAUUCCAGAAACUUAGACAAGCGCAAUACGAAGAAAAGCUCGCAGCAGAGAACCCUGAAGAAGCUAACUGGGAUAAGAUCAAGCGUGCAGCUGCUGGCGAAAAGGUAGAAAUGACAUCUGCUCAAUUAAAGAAGUCAAUUAAGAAAGAUAGAAAGGAGAAGGAGAGACGUAAAGAGAAGAGGAAAGAGAGAGAAGAGAAGCAAAAGAGGCAAGAGGAAAGAGAAAGAAAGGCUGAAGCUAGAAAGGCCCAAUUUAGAGGAAAACCUAAAGGAAAAGGUGGUAGAAAAUAG